AUGGGAGCUAAUCAGUCCGGGCUCGGAGGCGCCGGUGGCCAACCUGGCGACAACAAAGAUGAGAAGGAUAAGAAGAAGGAGAAACCCAAGUACGAGCCACCUCCACGCCCAACAACCAGGAUCGGGCGCAAGAAGCGCAAGGCAGGUGGCCCAAAUGCAUCCGCCAAGCUGCCCGCCAUCUAUCCUACCUCCCGAUGCAAGCUGAGAUACCUCCGAAUGCAACGAAUCCACGAUCAUCUGCUGCUGGAGGAGGAAUACGUCGAGAAUCAGGAGCGGCUGCGAAAGGCAAAGGCUGUGAAGGCAGGGGGCGCUCCCCUUGCAAACCAAGACCCAGAAGCUGCGGACAGAAAUGCCGACGAGCGGGGACGGGUUGAUGAUUUAAGAGGCAGCCCGAUGGGUGUGGGAACUUUGGAGGAAAUGAUUGAUGAUGACCAUGCUAUCGUGUCCAGUACCACCGGCCCCGAAUACUACGUCUCCAUCAUGUCUUUCGUCGAUAAGGAUCUAUUGGAGCCGGGGGCGAGUGUUCUGCUUCAUCACAAGUCCGUCUCGAUCGUUGGUGUCCUCACUGAUGAUGCCGAUCCUCUGGUCACGGUUAUGAAGCUGGAUAAGGCACCUACGGAGUCCUAUGCAGAUAUCGGUGGCCUGGAGUCUCAGAUUCAAGAAGUCAGGGAGUCAGUCGAGUUGCCACUUCUACACCCCGAGCUGUACGAAGAGAUGGGUAUCAAGCCCCCGAAGGGUGUCAUUCUGUAUGGUGCUCCAGGUACUGGAAAGACUCUGCUCGCAAAGGCUGUUGCAAACCAGACGAGUGCGACUUUCUUGCGUAUCGUAGGUAGCGAGUUGAUUCAGAAGUAUUUGGGAGACGGGCCCCGGCUCGUCAGACAACUCUUCCAGGUUGCUGCGGAGAACGCUCCAUCCAUUGUCUUCAUUGAUGAAAUCGACGCCAUUGGUACGAAAAGAUACGAGUCUACGUCCGGAGGGGAGAGAGAGGUGCAAAGAACCAUGUUAGAGCUGCUCAACCAACUGGAUGGUUUCGAUGAUCGUGGAGAUGUCAAGGUCAUCAUGGCCACAAACAAAAUCGACACCCUCGAUCCAGCCCUCAUCAGACCUGGCCGUAUUGACAGAAAGAUCCUCUUCGAAAACCCCGAUCAAGUCACCAAGCGCAAGAUCUUCACUCUGCACACAUCAAAGAUGUCUCUCAACGAAGACGUCGAUCUCGAGGAGUUUAUCAACCAGAAGGACGACCUUUCAGGUGCGGAUAUCAAGGCUAUUUGCUCCGAGGCUGGCCUGUUGGCGUUGAGAGAGCGUAGAAUGCGGGUCCAGAUGGCGGAUUUCAGAGCGGCGAGAGAGCGCGUGUUGAAGACGAAGAGCGAAGGCGAGCCGGAAGGAUUGUACUUGUAG